AUGUCACCCGUAGAACAGUUCUUAUAUAACACCUUAAUUAAAUCCCCUGGAUUCAACCGGUUUGUCACCAGAGUAUAUAAUAAAGUUAAUGGAAUACGGGUGCAGGACAUAAGGGAGCAAUAUACACCAUCAUUUGGUGAUAAGUUCAAUGCUUUUAGAAUCAUUUGGGUCGAUGAGUUUAAGAACUUUUUCAGAUAG